AUGGGGAGUGCUGGGGCAACUUAUUGGGCAAAGAGAUGUGUCGGACCAUUGUCCGUUGUGGCGGUCAUUGUUCGAGGUAGAGGAGAUUUUGUCUUGAAGGAGAAAUUUCGUAUCAUUAAGGAGAGGCUUAGAUGGUGGAACAAUACGGUGUUUGGCAAGUUCGAUUUGGAAGUGGAGGAAGGGGUUAGAGAGUUGAAUGAGGCGGAUGAUUGUGAAGUUUUGGGUGACGAGAUUCAAGCCAUUAAAGGAAAGGCUAGUAGUAGAUUUUGGUUGAGUCUUAAAAUCAAGGAGAAUAUGCUUAUUCAAAAAUCAAGAUUAAAAUGGCUUAAUGAUGGAGAUUUCAAUAGUAAAUACUUUCAUAGAGUAAUGAAAGAGACGACGAGAAGGAAUCAUAUUUGUUCUAUUACCACUAGUAGCAGUAUCAUUGAUAAAGUGGAGGAGGUUAAGGAAGAAGUGAGGUGUCACUUCGAUAGAAAGUUUAAGGAAGAUAAUAUUAGUAUACCGGUUCUUGAUAAUGUGUUGAUUAACUAUUUGUCUUCGGAGGAAAGCGCUUCUCUUGAGUUACCUUUAUCCGAGGAGGAAAUAAAGGAGGCGGUGUGGAAUUGUGAAGGUUCGAAAAGUCCGAGACCGGAUGGUUUCUCUCUUCUUUUUGUGAAGAAUUGUUGGUUUUUUUAA